AUGAAAGGUUUCAGACAGAGAGUGUUGCAGCACGAACAGCUUUCGCGGGCAAAAGACUCAAAUAAGUCGUCGAAGAAGCGAGAUACCUCCAACACUCCGUCGAAUGCCUCGCUGAGCCCUGCCCAACAAACCCAAUCGACCAGUCCUAACCACGUAACCCCUACAUCUUCAACAACCUCGGUGAACGAGACGAGAAGCACAAAGUCUGACAAUGUGUCCCCCGCUGCUGGCAAUUCGCCUGUAGCUCAACAGAAUGCCCAGGGGACCGCUGUUCCAGCUGGCACCGGCCAGCAUUAUGUGCCUUCCGCGCCAGGAGUAGGAGGCCAGGUAGGAAACGUUCCGGGCACGCCCACAAGGCAAGGACAACAGCCUAUCACCCCGAGUGUUGUCAUCAGUCCCAGUGCUCCGCAUGCCCCCGUUCCUCCUGGAGCGGCCGAAACCAUGCCUGGUGAUCUGGCGCCGCCAAAGAAGUCUCAUGUCUACGACAGACUCCAUUCGACGCCAAAAGAUAUGUCGGAUGGAAUUAGAACACCAAAGCGGCAGCAUUCAUCUAGGUUUGACAUCUCCGACCAACGCCAGCGCGAAUUGGAGAAGUUGCCCGGCUUUCAUGAAGUUCCGCCAAACCGUCGACAGGACCUUUUCAUGCAGAAGAUCGACCAAUGCAACAUUAUAUUCGACUUCAACGAUCCUACGGCCGAUAUGAAAUCGAAAGAGAUCAAGAGGCUGGCACUCCAUGAACUCCUCGAUUACGUUGCAAACAACCGUUCCGUUAUUACCGAGCCAAUGUACCCUCGUGUUGUCGAUAUGUUCGCCAAAAACCUUUUCCGCCCUAUUCCACCCCCAGUCACGCCCCAGGGCGAGGCCUAUGACCCCGAGGAAGACGAGCCGGUAUUGGAAGUCGCUUGGCCCCAUAUUCAAGUUGUCUACGAGUUUUUCUUGCGCUUCAUCGAAAGCCAGGAUUUCAAUACGAACAUCGCGAAACAGUAUAUCGACCAUCAGUUUGUUCUUCAGUUACUCGAGCUAUUCGAUUCCGAGGACCCUCGCGAGCGCGAUUUUUUGAAGACGACGCUGCACCGGAUCUACGGCAAGUUCCUUAAUUUGCGCUCAUUCAUUCGGCGCUCGAUAAACAAUGUUUUCUUUCAGUUUACAUACGAAACUGAACGUUUCAACGGAAUCGCGGAGCUGCUGGAAAUCCUGGGAUCGAUUAUCAAUGGCUUUGCACUCCCACUUAAAGAGGAGCAUAAGCUUUUCUUGACACGAGUUUUGAUUCCAAUGCACAAACCUCGAGGCUUGAGCAUGUACCAUCCGCAACUUGCCUAUUGUAUUGUUCAGUUCCUUGAAAAGGAUUCUGCACUCACAGAAGAUGUUGUUAUGGGCUUACUCCGUUACUGGCCUAAAGUGAAUAGCACAAAAGAAGUGAUGUUUUUAAACGAGGUAGAAGACAUCUUUGAGGUUAUGGACCCUACGGAAUUUGCAAAGGUCCAAGGACCACUUUUCACCCAACUGGCCAAGUCGGUUGCCAGUCCUCACUUUCAGGUUGCCGAGCGAGCCUUAUAUUUCUGGAAUAAUGAAUAUUUUUGCAACUUGGUUAGUGACAAUGUGGAGACUAUAUUGCCCAUUAUGUUCGCUCCGUUAUAUGAAAAUUCCAAAGGUCAUUGGAAUAGGACAAUCCAUAGUAUGGUGUACAACGCCAUGAAGCUAUUUAUGGAAAUCAACCCACAACUUUUCGAUGAGUGUUCACAGGAAUAUAAUGAACACCAAAACGGAGCUGAAGAGCGCGAAAAGGCUCGACGUCGGAGGUGGGAGCUGCUUGCUGAACGAGCGGACCAGCGAAAGAAGGGCCUCUUAUCCGACCAGCCUUCAUUGGCCUCAGCUUCUGCUGCGAAGUCGGACGAUAUUGAUCCGGUGACUCAAGACAGCCAGAAGCGACUAAACGCCCUCAAACUUGACGAAUCCGCAACCAUUAAGGAGAGGAGCUCGAACUCGGUUAGUGAACCCCCGAAUAUUUUUGCUACCGUAUGA